CUCUCUCUCUCUCUCUCUAUCAUUCUCUGUACUAGAAAAUCUAGAAGCAUAACGAAUCACUUUCACUUUCACUUUCAUUUUCAUUUUCAUUUUCAUUUCCCUCCCAUCACAGAUCUCUAAAAACCUCCAUUCCCUCUCAUCACAAACCCUAAUAUCUCAUCGAUCGUGUCACACUCUCGUUAUACAUUGUUUAUUUACCCUCUCUUAUACACUUCACUCAUCAAUGACUUUGGAACCUUCGCGAAUCUCUCUCAUCUUCAUGGACCAACGCCAUCUUUACGAUGUCUGAGCUGCGUACUCGACCUCACAGAAAUCGUCUCACAGAUAACGCGCCGGCGGGAAGAGAACCGUUGCUGCCACCGCCGCCGCUCAGACAAGGAGGAACCGGAAGCAGAAGAAGAAGGACACGAUCGUCGCCGAGGAAAUCGAAAACAUUGUGAAUAACCACGACGAAGCAGGAGUAGAGAGAUUGAAAGAAGUGGAAGGAGAGAACAAGGAGAAGUCAGUGGUUAGGGUUUCUAGAGAGGAAGCUAUGGAUGAGUACGAUAGUGGUGGCCGUAGUGCCGAUAAAGCUCCGGGAGCCGAAGAAGAAGGGAGUGCAACUCCACUUCCUGAGAAGAUUCAAGUUGGUGGUUCCCCAUUAUAUAGAUUAGAUAGGAAACUUGGGAAGGGAGGAUUUGGGCAAGUCUAUGUUGGUCGCCGCGUAGGAGCUGGUUCUGGUGCCGUUGAGGUAGCAUUAAAAUUCGAGCAUAGAAACAGCAAAGGGUGCAAUUACGGACCUCCACAUGAAUGGCAGGUUUACAGCACAUUAGGUGGUAGUCAUGGUGUUCCACGAGUACAUUACAAGGGACGGCAAGGUGACUACUACAUUAUGGUCAUGGAUAUGCUUGGCUCUAGUCUAUGGGAUGUUUGGAAUAACAACUCACACACGAUGUCUACCGAAAUGGUGGCAUGUAUUGCAAUCGAGGCUAUCUCUAUAUUGGAGAAGAUGCAUUGUAGAGGAUAUGUGCAUGGUGAUGUAAAGCCUGAAAACUUUUUGCUUGGACCCUCGGGAACCCCUGAUGAGAAAAAGUUGUUUCUGGUUGAUCUUGGAUUAGCAACUCGUUGGCGUGAUAGUUCAACUGGCCUUCAUGUUGAUUAUGAUCAACGCCCAGAUGUAUUUAGGGGCACAGUUCGUUAUGCUAGUGUGCAUGCACAUCUUGGUAGAACAAGUAGCAGGAGAGAUGACUUGGAAUCCCUUGCUUACACACUUGUCUUCCUUCUUCGUGGUCGGUUACCUUGGCAAGGAUAUCAGGGAGAAAAUAAAGGAUUUCUUGUCUGCAAGAAAAAGAUGGCCACUUCACCCGAAGCUUUGUGUUGCUUUUGUCCUGCACCUUUCCGGCAGUUUGUAGAAUAUGUAGUAAAUUUGAAGUUUGAUGAAGAACCAAAUUAUGCAAAAUACAUAUCCCUUUUUGAUGGAAUUGUGGGUCCAAAUCCUGACAUUAGGCCCCUAAAUACCGAGGGUGCUCAGAAGCUUAUAUGUCAGGUUGGACAAAAGAGAGGACGAUUGACCAUGGAAGAGGAUGAUGAUGAACAACCAAAGAAGAAGGUCCGAAUGGGUCAGCCAGCAACACAGUGGAUUAGUGUUUACAAUGCUCGUAGACCAAUGAAGCAAAGGUAUCAUUACAAUGUGGCCGAUGAGCGGCUUUCCCAACACAUUGUAAAAGGAAAUGAAGAUGGUUUAUUUAUUAGCAGUGUGGCUUCUUGUGCUAGUCUUUGGGCACUCAUUAUGGACGCUGGCACUGGUUUCACAUCACAAGUUUACGAACUCUCUUCCAGUUUUCUUCACAAGGAAUGGAUUAUGGAACAGUGGGAUAAGAAUUAUUACAUCAGUGCCAUAGCUGGAGCUAGUAACGGGUCCUCAUUGGUUGUAAUGUCAAAAGGGACCCAAUACAUGCAACAAUCCUAUAAAGUCAGUGACUCGUUUCCAUUUAAGUGGAUCAACAAAAAAUGGAGGGAAGGAUUUUUUGUCACUGCUAUGGCCACUGCUGGCACUAGAUGGGCAAUUGUUAUGUCCCGUGGUGCUGGAUUUACAGAGCAGGUUGUGGAACUUGAUUUCCUGUACCCUAGUGAAGGUAUUCAUCGAAGGUGGGAAAACAAUUACCGCAUUACUGCAACUGCUGCAACGCCUGAUCAAGCUGCUUUUAUUUUAAGUGUCCCAAGAAGAAAACCACCUGAUGAAACUCAAGAAACGCUCCGCACGUCUGAUUUUCCUAGUACUCAUGUUAAGGAAAAAUGGGCAAAGAACCUCUAUAUCGCAUCUAUUAGUUAUGGGAGAACAGUUUCAUAAAUGGCUGAUAUUUUUUGAGAUUCCAGCUGAUAUGAUUUUGACCUAUUGCAAGAUUCCCGCUUGCCUACACAUCUGAGUUGGGAACCGAAGAUCCUCCAUGAUAAAUUUCCUGUAGAAUGCAGUUCAGCAUUGGUGCUUGCAGUAUGCUACACCUUUCUUUAUGGUUGUCAUCAUAUAUUAUAUGAUACAAAAUCUAUGCAUCGUAUUUCAAUGCUGUCAAAAGUAUUUGAGCUGUAAGCAAACUUAGAUCUUUUGUGUCAAUUGGGACAACUCUUUUAAUAUGAAUUUUGUACAGUUCUAAACAGUAAUUAUUAUGUUGAAGGCGUAAUUAUUUUUGUUUGAUGAUGGUAUUUUGCAAAUAUGCAACUAAAAUUUUCCAGCGGGAACUGGGCGCUAUAAGUAGGCCUACCUUGUACUUGGCUCUUUUAUCCUUACCUCUUGAUUUAAAGCUACUCUGAGGCUUCUCAAUGUCUGAAUUUGGCCUUGGUGACAAAAAGUUGUUUACUUCUCCAGCAGUUUGUAAUAGCAUAAUCAUUGUGGUCACAAUGUUGUUAUUAUUGUUGUUGUUCUAGUCUUUUAUGUGAUAACCAUAUACUGUAUUAUUUUGAAAUGCACCAACCUAUGUAUUUGGUUUCUUUGGGUUUUUUCUAAGACAUAAAUACGGUUGGUUUGAUUGAUAUGAAUGAUAUAGUUUCUUAGGUUCCCUUUUCCCCCCCUCCAAUUAUGCUUAAUUUUACAUCUUGUGUUUUUUAAAAACUUUUCUUUUUGAACUUAUGGUUUGCAUAUUGUUUAAUACGUUACUGUGAAUGUUUCAAUUCAAUUGACUCUCUAAGAAUGAGAGCUGUUUAAGCAUUAGCUCAGUCUGUGCUAGUUGCAAAUAAUUGCAUUCUAUCUGUGUUGAUAUUCUGAAAGUUCCUUUUUAUUUUUCUGACCAAGCUGUACUUCCAGUAUCUGAAGUCUGCGUGAUGGAUUUCUGGUGAUUCAUCCUGACUGGAUGCUUAUUUUGUUUGAUUAUUUUUCUAAAACAAGCACUGCAAGAUGCUGUUUUGUUACUCGUUGGAAGUUGGCUGUUUCGAAUCUCGUCUUUGGAGUUCAUUUUUAUACCUCUUCACUGUUGAGUAUUACCCGAGUCCGUGACACUUAGAAACAGAUAUUCAGGUUGUUGUAGAUGUUUCUGGUUGUCCAAUGCCAUGAGAUGAGGCUGAAGCAGUCCAUGUUUCAAACAGGAAAGUUGUUUAAGGAUCUGUUUUUUUUUUUUUGGGGAGCUAACCACAUGUGAUUAUUUCCACUCUUUCAAAUAUUUGAAUUUUCUGUGAAAAAUUGAAUGGUCAAGAUUUUUAGUUUGGAGAAAUUCUACAUAUCGGUUAACAUAAAGUCUUUAUGUCCUCUCCUUUGCAGUUUUGUUGUUCUACUUCAAUUAUCAAUGUGUGGCAGCUGCAGACUAUUAUUAAAGUUGUGUCUGUUGGUAACAUUCAUGGAAUUGAUAUCUCUCCGUCUUCCCCCUUCCUUAUUUCUCCCCAUCGAACACCUCCCCGGUCUUCUCCCAUGUUCCCCUUUUCUGUUCCUUUCUCUUCGUAGUCCUUUCUCAUAAUUUGCUUUUAUCUAUUAGUCAAUUUUGCAUUUGUUGAAUGUCAUUUUGUUCUUGAAUUGAAGAGUAGGGUGUUUUGCCCGAUUUUGUUACUUCCAAUAACUAGAUUGAUGA